GACCUGGCGAAAGAAGUCGCGCACCGACUGGAGUGGAGUCGCUUUCGGUUUCGGUUUAGGGGAUGGGGAGGACAGAGAGAACACUGUCGAGGUAGCCGCGGGUGUCGGAGCCUGCGGCUCGGGAGAAUGGGCGAAAUCCACGGCCGGAGUGAGACGUUGCGGUCGACUGUCCGCGGUCGUAAGUCCUUCCGUUCCCGGCUCUGCGCCGCCAACAUUUUGAUCUGCAGCCUGAGAUUCUGUAGGGUGGUCCGGGGUUGUCUAGCGGUACACGGUCAGCGCAAUUCCACCAGAGUAUGCCCAUGUGGAAGUCGAGCUCAUGAUGCCCGCAAGGUGCCCUGUGAUGCCUUUACGUACCGUGCCUUCCCUCCCGUGCUCCUGAUUAUAUAUGCGCAGGGCUUGAUGGACAGCGCAGUGUUUGGGGGCAUCACCCGCGACCAUAGCUUGCACGCAAAACCGGGGACCAGAGAAGUCGAUGAUCUGAGUUUCAUUGACCUCCCGCUCGCGCUGCAUGUGGUCCAAUGGAGCCUUCAGGGUGGCAAUGUCCAACACCUGCACGUUUGAGGAAAGCACAUGCGUCUCCCCUGGGGCCAAGCUUAGAACAACACCUUGUUCAAGCGCGUCUUCCUCGUUGUACAGCCAUGCCGCAGCAAUGCAUGUGUCCUGCUCCGACGCGUGCCCAUCGUCGUACUGGAGGAUAUCGAGUAUGAGAACACGUCCGCCG